GAAGCGGAGGGAGGGCAACUAGACAGAUGCUUCCUUCUGUUUACCCUAACACCUCACAACCAAACGCCGACGCCCGUGGCUCGCAUCCCCCUUGGACUUCGACAUUUCCUCUGACAUCUCCCCACUUCUCCAAUUCUGAGACGUCACCUCGCUUGUGUCUGCAAUUUCCAAUCAGAGUCUCCCUGAAGCUCAAGAAUCUUCGAUGGGAGAUCUCCCCAGCACUGCCGGAAAUGGCCUGAAGGCCACUAAAGUUCCGAUUCCCGGCAAGCGUAACAUCCUCAUUACCAGCGCCUUGCCUUACGUAAACAACGUUCCUCAUCUCGGCAACAUCAUCGGCUGUGUAUUAAGUGCGGAUGUGUUUGCACGGUAUUGCCGUCUUCGCGGCUAUAACGCUAUAUACAUUUGUGGGACUGAUGAGUAUGGGACAGCUACAGAAACAAAAGCCAUGGAAGAGAAUUGCACACCCCAAGAGAUUUGUGACAAAUACUACACCAUUCACAAGGAAGUGUAUCGAUGGUUCAAUAUCAGUUUUGAUGAAUUUGGGCGGACUUCAACUCCUCAGCAGACUGAUGUUUGCCAGGCCGUUUUCAAAAAACUGAUGGAGAACAAUUGGCUAUCAGAAAACGCAAUGCAGCAGCUAUAUUGCGAUACCUGCAAAAGAUUUUUAGCUGAUCGAUUGGUUGAGGGUAUCUGCCCUACACAAGAUUGUAAUUAUGAGUCUGCGCGAGGAGAUCAGUGUGAAAAAUGUGGAAAGCUUUUAAAUCCAACUGAGCUGAAAGAUCCUAGAUGCAAGGUCUGUCAGUCCACUCCACGCAUCCGUGAUACAAAUCACUUGUUUCUUGAGCUCCCUUUGCUGAAGGACAAACUGGAAGCAUAUAUAAAAAACAUGUCAGUAUGUGGAUCUUGGAGCCAGAAUGCUAUUCAAGCUACGAAUGCAUGGCUUAAAGAAGGAUUGAAACAGCGAUGCAUUACCAGAGAUCUGAAGUGGGGGGUUCCUGUUCCACAUGAUAAAUUUAAGGACAAGGUCUUCUAUGUCUGGUUUGAUGCUCCUAUUGGUUAUGUCUCAAUCACUAAAUGCUAUACCUCUGAAUGGGAGAAGUGGUGGAAGAACCCUGAAAAUGUGGAGCUGUAUCAGUUUAUGGGCAAGGAUAAUGUGCCUUUCCACACUGUGAUGUUUCCAUCUACACUUCUUGGAACUGGUGAAAACUGGACUUUGAUGAAAACUAUUAGUGUUACUGAAUAUCUGAACUAUGAAGCUGGAAAGUUCUCCAAGAGCAAGGGUGUAGGAGUUUUUGGCAAUGAUGCAAAGGAUACAGGCAUUCCUGUAGAAGUAUGGAGAUACUACUUGCUAAUGAAUAGGCCAGAGGUAUCAGACACGUUAUUUACGUGGGCAGACUUACAAGCAAAACUUAAUAGUGAGCUGUUGAACAAUCUGGGCAAUUUUAUUAAUCGGGUUCUAAGCUUUAUUACUAAACCUACAGGGCAAGGAUAUGGUUCUAUCAUUCCUGAUGCUUCAGGUGCUGAAUCACAUCUUUUGACAAAGACAUUAGCGGAAAAAGUUGGAAAAUAUGUGGAGCAAUAUCUGGAAGUUAUGGAGAAGGUCAAACUGAAGCAAGGACUGAAAACUGCAAUGAAUAUUUCUAGUGAGGGAAAUGCUUAUCUGCAAGAGAGUCAAUUCUGGAAGCUUUAUAAGGAAGACCAACCUAUGUGUUCUGUCGUUAUGAGAACUUCAGCAGGGCUAGUCUAUCUUCUAGCAUGUCUUCUGGAGCCUUUUAUGCCAUCUUUUUCUCUUGAGGUACUUAAGCAGCUUAAUUUGCCUCCUGGGACACAAUUUUCACUUUCUGAUGAUAAAGGAGAUGUUGAGAGGGCCAGAAGACCUUGGGAGAUUCUACCUGCUGGUCACAAAAUUGGGACACCAGCGCCAUUGUUCAAGGAACUGAAAGAUGAACAAGUGGAGUUAUUCCGGGAUAAGUUUGCAGGAAGUCAAGCUGAUAGGAUUGUGAAAGCAGAAGCUGAAGCAAAGCUUGCUGAGCAAUUGAAAAAGACGAAAGUUUCAGAUAGAAAUGCAAAGAAGCAGCAGCCAACAAAAUUUGCUGCUAAAGCCAAACCCAAGGUCUCCACUGAAGCUGAAAUUUCUGUUGCCCGACUUGAUAUCCGUGUUGGCCUCAUUACGAAAGUUCAGAAGCAUCCGGAUGCUGAUUCCCUGUAUGUGGAAGAGAUUGAUGUGGGUGAACAAGCAACUCGAACCGUUGUUAGUGGCCUUGUCAACCAUAUACCUCUUGAGGAAAUGCAGAAUCGGAAGGUCUGUGUUCUGUGCAACCUGAAGCCUGCAACCAUGCGGGGUAUUAAAUCCCAAGCCAUGGUUCUUGCUGCUUCUGACAGUGACCACACCAAGGUUGAAUUGGUUGAUCCACCUCAAUCUGCUGCGGUUGGAGAAAGAGUUACAUUUCCUGGAUUUGAGGGCGCCCCUGAUGAUGUUUUGAACCCUAAAAAGAAAAUCUGGGAAACAGUGCAAGUGGAUUUGCACACUGACACAGAACUAGUAGCUCGUUACAAAGAUGUGCCUUUCACCACAUCUGCUGGUGUUUGCAAGGUCUCAUCCAUUGGUGGAGGGUCAAUAAGGUAGGAGGAACGAACAACCAAUGCUGUGCCAAAACCCGAAAAAAAAAAAGAACUUCAACGAGGGGGAAACGAUGAAAGAUAUCACCUUAUUGUUAUUGUGCUUCGUAGUUGAAGUUGUAAAAAAUUUGCCCCUGUAUUCCGAUUCUGUAAAAGCUAAAUUAGAACCACAAUAAAGUGUUAUGUAUUGGCUGAUAGAAAAUUUCAGUCCCAUAACGACAGUUGUAAUUUGUGCUUCUUCUCACUAGCCAAACACCAGCCCCUGCCUGAAAGUUAAAAAAUGAAGGAAAACGAUUUUGAGUA